CUUACGUGAAUAUGCUGCAAAAUUACCUAAAACUACUACUACUACUACUACUACUACUACUACUACUACUACUACUACUACUACUACUACUACUACUACUACUACUACUACUACUACUACUACUACUACUACUACUACUACUACUACUACUACUACUACUACUACUACUACUACUACUACUACUACCACUACUGUCAAUGAAGUUCAAUUGUCUUCCUGA